GGGAUAAAUCGGCCCGUCGAAAUGAUCCACGAGGACGAGAUGGACGCGGAGGAUCCACCGACAACGACGAACCCUGUCGAGGACUUCAGGGACUCGGACUUGGCGCGCUGGGAGAUCUUCACCCUGGCCGCGAUCCUCCUGGCGAUCCUGCUGGAGAAUUCGCUGGUCCUGCUGGCUCUGUACCUCCGUGGACGUAGGAAACUCAGCAGGAUACAAUUCUUCAUCCUCCACCUGAGCAUUGCCGACUUGCUGACCGGUCUGUUGAACGUCCUUCCUCAGCUCGCCUGGGACAUCACCUUCAGGUUCCAGGGUGGAGACCUGCUCUGCAGGCUCGUCAAGUUCGGCCAGCCCUUUGGACUCUACCUGAGCUCUUACGUGUUGACGGCCACGGCAAUCGACAGGUAUCGGGCGAUCUGCAAGCCUCUCGACAGUCUGGACCAUCGAAUCUGCCUCCUCCAGUCCAGGAACAUGAUCCGCUGCUCCUGGUGCUUGGCACUGCUCUUCAGCUUGCCCCAGGUCUUCGUCUUCUCCUACAAGGAGAUCUCUCCAGGAGUGUGGGACUGCUGGGCCACCUUCGAGCUCUCCUACGGGGAGAGAGCCUACGUUACCUGGUACUGCUUGGCUGUUUUCCUACUGCCGCUCUGCGUCCUGGUGUACACGUAUUCAGGCAUAUGUCGAGUAGUUCGAAGACGCAGCGAGGUCGGCGUCGCGACGUCGAAAUCGCCCCGAGGAGACAUCCGAGCCCCGGCGACGAUCUCGCGUGCGAAAAUUCGAACCGCCUGGCAAACCAUCGUCGUGGUUGCUCUUUACAUCGCCUCGAGCACUCCCUUCAUCGGCUGCGAACUUUGGGCGACCUGGGACCCGGGGGCCUCCUCCUCGGCAUUUCUGAAUGGACCAGCCUUCACCAUCCUGGCGCUGCUCAGCAGUCUCAACGGCUGCGUGAAUCCUUGGGUCCACCUUGGGUUCGACCCAGAACUAAGGGAAGUUAUUCUACGUCAUCUGCAAGCACCGACGAGGUCGAAACAAGAGGCGGAUCGAAAACCAUAGAUCUUGUUAUAAUAAUCGUUAUUAAGCCCUCCA